CCUUUAGGUAACGCUGAUUUCACAAUGGGCUCCAUCAGUGAAGCAAAUGCAGAAUUUUGUUUUGAUGUAUUCAAAGAGUUGAAAUUUCACCAUCCCAACGACAACAUCUUUUAUUGCCCCCUGAGCAUGAUUGCAGCCUUGGCCAUGGUCUACCUGGGAGCAAGAAAUAACACUGAGGAUCAGAUGGAGAAGGUUCUUCACUUUGACAAAAUUGCAGGACUUGGAAGUAUCCAGACCAAGUGUGGCAAGUCUGUGAAUAUCCACCUGCUGUUUAAAGAAAUUCUCUCUGAUAUCACUGCACCAGAAGCCAAUUAUUCACUGCACAUUGCCAACAGACUUUAUGCUGAAAAGACAAGUCAGAUCCUACCGAUUUACUUAAAGUGUGUGAAGAAACUGUACAGAUCUGGUCUAGAAACGGUCAACUUCAAAACAGCAUCAAAUCAAGCCAGACAACGCAUUAAUUCCUGGGUGAAAAAUCAGACAAAUGGACAGAUCCAGGAAUUCCUUGAACCAAGCUCUGUUAAUCCUCAGACUGUGCUGGUCCUUGUGAAUGCCGUUUACUUCAAAGGGAUAUGGAAAACUGCAUUUAAAGAAGAACACACUUGGGAAGUGCCCUUCAAUGUGACAGAGCAAGAGAGCAGACCAGUGCAAAUGAUGUAUCAGAACAACACCUUCAAAGUGGCAAGAGUGGCUGAAGACAAAAUUAAGAUCUUGGAGCUUCCAUACGCCAGUGGAGAGCUGAGCCUGUUGGUGCUGCUGCCUGAUGACAUCUCUGGCCUGGCACAGCUGGAGAACAAAAUCAGCUAUGAAAAACUCAUGGAGUGGACCAGUUCCAAUGUGAUGGAGAAGAAGAGGGUGAGGGUGUACCUCCCACGCAUGAAGAUUGAGGAGAAAUAUAACCUCACAUCUGUCUUGACAUCCUUGGGUAUGACUGAUCUGUUCAGCCCCUCAGCCAACCUCUCUGGCAUCUCUUCAGCAGAGAGCCUGAGGAUAUCUGAGGCCAUCCACCAGGCAUACGUGGAAGUCACUGAAGAGGGCACUGAGGAGGCUGGGUCAGCAGAUGACAUAGAUGACAUCCAACAGUCCUCUGAGGUUGAAGAGUUUAGGGCUGACCACCCAUUCCUUUUCUUGAUCAAACACAAUCCAAGCAACCUGAUCCUUUUCUUUGGUAGAUAUUGUUAUCCCUAAAGAGAAAAUGGCUGGAAAUAGUGCUUGCCUAUCCCUAUGAAACAGACCCCCUUUACUCUAGUAUUGUAGUAUAAUAUCAUCUCUUCAAUAUUUUCUGCAAGUGGAAAGGCUACUCUAAGUUGUGCCCUUUCCUGAAGCUUCCAUAACAAAGACACACCUGCAGGUGAGGAAGCAGCAGCAGUGUGUUUGCUCCUUUCCCUUCUCAGACUGGUUUCAGUGUUGAUUGAGCCAAGCAAAGCCUAA